CAGCCUGCGUGGGGCCCUAGCGCGGCAGGGCGGACGCUCCGGGCCCCUGCCCGGCAUCUCGGGCGGGCGGCGUCGCGGCCAUGGCCAAGGAGCGGCGGAGGGCCGUGCUGGAGCUGCUGCAGCGGCCGGGGAACACGAGAUGCGCCGACUGCGGCGCCCCGGAUCCCGACUGGGCUUCCUACACCUUGGGGGUGUUCAUCUGUCUGAGCUGCUCUGGGAUCCACCGGAACAUUCCCCAGGUCAGCAAGGUGAAGUCUGUCCGUCUGGAUGCCUGGGAGGAGGCCCAAGUGGAGUUCAUGGCCUCCCACGGGAACGACGCUGCGAGGGACAAGUACGAGUCCAAAGUGCCUCCCUUCUACUACCGGCCCACGUUUUCCGACUGUCAACUCCUGCGCGAGCAGUGGAUCCGGGCCAAGUACGAGCGGCAAGAGUUCACCCACCCGGACAAGCAGGAGCCCUACUCCGCAGGAUACCGAGAAGGCUUUCUCUGGAAGCGGGGCCGGGACAACGGGCAGUUUUUAAGCCGGAAGUUUGUGCUGACGGAACGGGAAGGCUCGUUGAAGUAUUUCAACAGAAAUGAUGCCAAGGAGCCUAAGGCUAUCAUGAAGAUCGAGCAUCUGAACGCCACCUUCCAGCCCGCCAAGAUCGGCCACCCCCACGGCUUGCAGGUCACCUACCUGAAGGACAACAGUACCCGUAACAUCUUUGUCUACCACGAGGACGGGAAGGAGAUCGUGGACUGGUUCAACGCGCUCCGAGCCGCCCGCUUCCACUACCUGCAGGUGGCCUUCCCUGGGGCCAGUGAUGCCGACUUGGUACCGAAGCUCUCCCGGAACUACCUGAAGGAAGGCUACAUGGAGAAAACGGGGCCCAAGCAAACAGAAGGCUUCCGGAAGCGCUGGUUCACCAUGGAUGACCGGAGGCUCAUGUACUUCAAAGACCCUCUGGAUGCCUUUGCUCGCGGGGAAGUCUUCAUCGGCAGCAGGGAGAGCGGCUACACGGUGCUGGACGGGCUACCGCCGUCCACCCAGGGCCACCACUGGCCCCACGGCAUCACCAUCGUCACGCCAGAGCGCAGGUUCCUGCUGGCCUGUGAGACAGAGAUGGAGCAGCGGGCCUGGGUGGAGGCUUUCCGGAAGGUCGUGGACAGGCCGAUGCUGCCCCAGGAAUAUGCAGUGGAAGCGCACUUCAAGCAUAAACCCUAACGAGAGACGGUUCUGGAGGCCCGAGGGAACCGGACUUGUUGGAAGUGGCCCUCGAGGAGGCAGCGGCCAGACUGAGGGGCUGCCAGAUGGAGGAACCAGCUUCGUGGCCCCGGCCCCAAGCGGCAGCCCUGGACAUGGCCACGUGGGGCCUGAGCUUUAGCCACUGGGACCCUUUUCUCUGGAACCUCACUGCAGGCCGGCCCGACCUGCUCAGACCCCACCAUGCUGCUGCCCACCGCUGUGACCCCUGCCACCCUCACCCCCCCCACACACUGAACCACCCUUCCUCUGAGGCCUGGGCCUGGCCUCCUGGCUCAGGGCAGCCCGGCAGCCCUUCCCUACCUGCCCUUGCCCCCUGCCCGCCUGAGCAGGACCCUGCCCCUGAGCAGGAGGCUAGGCUGUGGGGACAGCGGGUGGCCUGCAUGCCUCCCCUCCCCCUCUUGCCCUUCCCCCAAGUCUCUGUCAACAAGUAUUUAUUGAGCUA